AUGGGAGGAUCUCCACAACCUAUUAAUCUUGUUUCCCUCUCUAGUACUACUAGAUCACAACGGAUUAGAAGAAGAAGGCAGAUAAAGACUGGGAAAAGACCGCGAAGAAUCGCGAUGAAGAGAGGAAGUAGAAGAAGGUUUGGUGGUUUAGAAGGUUCUAGAAGGCCAAGAAAUGAAGUGGGGAGAAGGGUGGAGGUUCUGAAGAAGCUUAUUCCAAGCAGCAGUGACAGCAUGGGAUUGGAUGGGCUGUUUAGAGAGACAGCUGAUUACAUAGUGGCUUUGGAAAUGAGGGUAAAAGUUAUGCAGAUUAUGGUUAAGGCUUUGUCAACUGUAUGA